AUGACGGCAAAACAUGUGCGCGAAGCGUUGAAUGAAUUGGACGAUAAACGCAUUAAACAAAUCAAACCUCUUAUUCCUCCUCAAAUUUUGAUGGAAGAUCUCCCAUUAACCAUGCAAGCAGCUCAAAGUGUAAUUAGUGGACGCACUGGAGCGGAAGCAAUCGUCAAAGGUCAAGACGAUAGGCUUUUGGUAGUUGUUGGUCCUUGUUCCGUUCACGAUGUUCGUGCCGCUCUUGAAUUUGCGGAAAAAUUGAAGGCUUACGCUGAUGAAGCCAAAUCUGAUCUUUGUAUAAUUAUGCGAGUUUACUUUGAGAAACCCAGAACAACAGUUGGCUGGAAAGGAUUGAUCAAUGAUCCACAUUUGAAUAAUAGUUUCCAAAUAAAUAAAGGACUACGUAUUGCGCGUAAACUGUUACUUGAUCUGAAUCAAUUAGGCCUUCCGUGUGGUUGCGAAUUUCUAGAUACGAUCACGCCGCAAUAUAUAGCGGAUUUGGUUGCAUGGGGCGCAAUCGGGGCUAGAACUACAGAGUCACAAGUGCAUCGUGAGCUGGCUUCUGGAUUGUCGGUGCCUGUUGGCUUUAAAAAUGGUACGGAUGGGAGUAUCUCUAUUGCGGUCGAUGCUCUAAAAGCAGCCAGUGUUAGCCAUCAUUUUCUCUCAGUUACAAAGCAAGGAUUAAGUGCUAUUGGUAAUGAUAGCUGUCAUGUAAUCUUAAGAGGUGGCGCUAAAGGACCAAAUUAUUCAGCUGAAGACGUUAAAAGUGUUAUAGAAAAAUUGACGAAAGAAAGAUUGGCUCCUCGCGUGAUGAUUGAUUGCAGUCACGGGAAUAGUCAAAAAAUUUUCAGUCGUCAAGUUGACGUGGCAAAAGAUAUUGCUGAACAACUUAAAUCUCCAGCAACUGGCAAUAAUAUUUUUGGCGUAAUGAUUGAGAGUCACCUUAAAGAGGGGCGACAAGAUCUUCCACCGGACGGUCCUUCAACUCUUGUUUAUGGGCAAUCUAUUACUGAUGCCUGUAUUAGUUGGGAAACUACUGUCGAAGUAUUAAAUAUUUUGCGUGAAAGCGUUCGUGCAAGACGCUUAGGUCGUGAGAAGAGUGGGCAAUUCUCAAAUACACAAUUUAACUC